UGGGUUGGUCUGGCCCAAUUGGCCCAACUAGGUCUCCUCUCAUCGAUCCAUCAACUAGGCGCGCGCGGCCUGAGCCUGAGAGGAGGCGUGGACGAGUGGGAGUCAGAGGCAGAGUCCGCUGCCGAGAAGGGAUUCGAAUUCGAUAGCGCCUAGGGUUGUGGGGGCGAUAUAGCAACGGCGAGGGGAGGCGGGGGCGAUGGAGAUGAGGGAGAUGCCGCAGGACGGGCGGAUGGCGACGACCAAGCCCGUGGAGGAGGAGGAUUCGGCGGCCGUCGGCGGCUUCUCCGGCGAGACCGGCAUCGCCAAGCGUCCCGAGGCUGAGCUCAAGCAGAUGGCGGCUGCGGGGCCCGGAGCGGGGAUCAAGGUGGCAUCCGGCGGCGACUUAAUACUCACCGAUCUCUCCGCGGAUGCGCGGAAGGCCGCGGCGGAGGCGAAUCCCGUGCCGCCGCUCUUUUCCGGCGGGAGCAGGGAAGAAGACGAAGGUGGUGCCUGUGAGCGACGAGAACCUCAAAUCCCUGGAGGCCCGCGGCCCCCGCGGCCGCCGACCUGUCAUCCUGAAGAAGCCCUCCUGUGGGCCGCCGAGUCCCCGGAGGAACGGGAUCUGUGGGACAGCGUGGCCGAGAUGUUGGAGGGGAACCAGGCCUUGUCUGACCAUGAGACGGCCAUCCUCGAGCAGUACCGAAAGUAUGGGUACGCCUGUGAGAUGUCGGUGGUUGACGACGACGACGCCUUGUUUCGAGGGCAGAGACUGGGUACUCUCCCGCUUGUGUCUCUCACCGAUACGCCUACGCCAAGGUGCGUUAUCCAGGAUCUAGGAGCUGAGGUUGGCAUCUAUGCCAGCCGGGCUACCCUCCCUCCCAUGACGAGGCCUCCUCCAUACAGGGAAAUUAGUCAGUGCAGGGAUCGGAAUAUAUGAUUAGUUUCGUUUAUUUCAGAAACUACUGAAAUACGAGGGGAUUUUCAAUUUUGAGGAGAGCAUAACA